AUGGCCUCUGAAUCUCUGAACUCGUCCCGAGAGGACGUCCGCGGACAACGUUCAGAGAGAAACUCUAGUGACAGCUCGCAAGGAACACCCUACGCUGCCAGCGCAGCAGCUGGCGCAGCAGCGGCGCGUGCAAUGUUUCCGUUGGGGUACCGGGAAGGGUUCAGUCAAUGGUGGGCGCGUAUGCCCGCAGCAGCAGCGGAACACAAAGUUCUUUCGUAUCUACCAUAUUUGCAUCACCACGCUCCCACCCACCUCCAGACUGGAAACACGACUGAUUUCCCGAAUGGCACAACCCCGAGUAGCUUGGAGGCGGCAGAUCACAACCAACGAGGAGAAGUCGCCACAAGCUCUCAAGAUGACCCGUAUGGUCCUCGUCGGUGGACCUCGAGUAUGGUGGAACUGAACGGGAAGGACCGCGCUCUGAACGAAUUUUCGGUGGAGAGGAUCGGCGAGGAGGCAGACCAACAUCUGGUCAUGCUCCACGGAUAUGGCGCUGGCCUUGGCUUUUUCUACAAAAACUUCGAGCCACUGAGCCGGCUCCAGGGCUGGCAGUUGCAUGCCCUGGACAUGCUGGGCAUGGGUCGCAGUACCCGACCCGCAUUCAAAAUCAAGGCCAAGGGCAGAGAAGAAGCUAUCAGGGAAGCCGAGGCUUGGUUUGUUGAUGCAUUGGAAGAAUGGCGCAUCAAACGCAAGAUUGACCGCUUCACAUUGCUGGGGCAUAGUCUCGGUGGUUACAUGGCUGUCGCCUAUGCGCUCAAAUAUCCUGGCCAUCUCAACAAGCUCAUUUUAGCAUCUCCAGUCGGCAUCCCAGAGGAUCCAUAUGCCGUGACUGCAGACGUGACCGAGCCAUCUUCAUCGACCUUACCCAAUGAACUCACUCAGGAUCAACGCGAGGUCACAGCCAUUCCCGAGACAGCUCCUAAAACUAGCGACGGCAGCUUCAUCACAGGCCGUCAACCACCUGCAGAGUCCAAUCAACCGCCGCGCCGAAACAUGCCCAAGUGGUUCGCCUACUUGUGGGAAGCCAAUAUCUCUCCCUUCAGCUUGGUCCGUUGGGCAGGUCCUCUGGGUCCCCGCAUCGUCUCAGGCUGGACUUCUCGCCGCUUCUCUCAUCUCCCAGCCGAAGAAGCAUCCGCCCUUCAUGACUACUCAUACUCUAUUUUCAGUCUCCGCGGUAGUGGCGAGUAUGCCCUCGCAUACAUUCUUGCUCCGGGUGCAUUUGCCCGCAGCCCUCUCAUCCACCGCGUCCAGGGUCUCGGGCGACAGUUGAUUCAUAAUAAUAGCCCCCUCACUAACCCAGGAACUGCCACUACUGCUCCCUCAACGUCCGACGCACCCGGAUCCACUGCUCCGUCUGAUGAGCAGCCUGCUCAGCGCGAGAAAGGCUUCCCUGUUGUCUUCAUGUAUGGCGAUCAUGACUGGAUGGAUGUCUCGGGUGGCCAUGCUGCUGCGGCUCGCAUGAACCAAGAAAAGAAGAGAGUUCUUGCAGAUGCGUCUCCCGAGGAACGUCGCGCCGACGAAGGAUCUUCCAGGGUUGUUGUGGUCAAUAAAGCAGGCCACCAUUUGUACCUCGACGGUUGGGAGGAAUUCAAUAGCGUCAUUCUCGCCGAGAUGGAAGAGGUCAAUCGCCGGGAGAGAAAAAGACAGCCAUAA